AUGGUUCCUGGCAUGCCUAAUGAUACUCUCAAGAGGAAUAACUCCAUAAUGCAGAUUGCGGAGGAAGUCAGCACAAUUUGCAUUUUAUUGGAGAUGUUGUUAUUUAAGACUCGCUUUGCACCUCAACCCUCAUCCCAUAAGAUCUACAAGUACAUAGUAUUGCAAAUGGAUGAAGUGCUUUCUGAAUUAGGCAUCCCACGGAAAGAGGAAAGUUUACGGCGUUGGCUCAAGCUCGCCCUUAUAUCUACAUCCUUCGUUAGGCCGCCAGCGGCAAGCUUGAAGCAAGCUCUCUGCAACAAGCUUGAAGCAAGCUCUCUGCAAGCUUGCGGCAAGCUCGCUGCAAGCUUACCUGGUCAAUCAAAUCAUCCAUCAUGGCAAGAUCCUUCGUUAGGCCGCCAGCGAGCAGCCGCCUGGAACGCCCAACACCAGGACUCCUUUUCCACCUAUGAAGAGGUAGAGAGCCUUCACAGUCACCAGUGCUCCUCUCUACAGUCUCUGGACAACAGCUGUAGUCCAAGUCGCUUACAGAGCUUCGGAAGCUCCUCAAGCAGUCUCGAUCAAGCGCUUCAACAAAUCGACGGCGAAAGUCCUUUCACGUCUGGCGUCCACAUUCCAAUAGAUCAAGAGAGUAGCUCCUAUUCCAGAGAAGAUCAUGGAUCAUCCUUAGAUUCUGAAUCAACUAAUUCUGUUUCUGUCGAUGGAAGACAACCUGUGUACCUGCCAAAGAAUACCAGGAAGGGGCAUCUACCAGAAAAAUCUCGCCGAAGUUUGAUAGAUGAAGAUGAAGAAGAGAUGAAUGCAAGUGUGGCCAAGUGGGUGGAUCAGACGAGGGCCGAGACGGCUCGGCGACGCUCAAAUGUUGGACUCCCAAACGAUCAACAAGUAAGAAGUCAUGAGGCACCUGAAGGCAGCAAUAAUAAGCCUCAUGAUGUGACAAAGGAGAGGUUGCUGACUGCCCUUAAUAUGCAAUGUGGAGAUGUCAUUGCAGGAAGAAGUGGUUCUAGUGUACGGCUUCCUAAUGAGACAGACUUGGAGCUUGCCUUGCGAGUUGGAAACUCAUCCCCAAUGAACUCAAUAUCAAGAGGAGCCAGCAUCGAUGGAAGUAUCGGCUCGUCGGCAGGUGAGGACCACCCAAAAACUGAGGGAGGGUGGACGCUUGCUGAAAAUGUUUUGAUUGACCUUGGAUUUGCGGGGUCCAAUAUAGGAAUUCCAGAUCGCUUCCUAAGGUCCUGGAAAGAACAGGUGAUGAGGCAACGAAUCGAGGAGGUUCGGCGACUGCUUGGUAAUUCAAGUGGGAAUUAUUUAGUACAACACUUGCCACCAAAGCCCGGGACCUCCACUCCACCCACUGAAAAGUUAUCAUUUGUGCCUAGUAGUAAAAACUUGACAGCUGGACCUCGCACUCCUCAGUCACAAGCAUCAGCACCUCAACCAUCAGAACUUUCAAAUUCUUCCCAACCUGAAGAUGCUGUCUUAGGUAGACAACAGGGAGCAGACAGAUCCAAGUUAAUUGGUCUGCGACGCUCAUUGAAAAAAGCUGCCACGGUUUCAUCAUUCGGGCAGACCCUUUCUGAGAUAGGGAGGCAGAGCCAGCCAAGCCAGCAUGUUUUAGCUCCGCAGCAUUCUCCGGAUGUGCCCUCUGCAUCUAGACGCUCCCAAGGAGGACAAAAAUACAGUCCCUUGCAUAAGAAUCAUAAAUCAAGCGCCAGAGACAGACGUAGGAAGUACAUGAAGAAGCAGACCUCGUUACCGUCCUCCCUGGAGCCUCUGCUUGAAGAGGAUGAGAGCUCUAAACCAGGGAUGGUAAAGUCCAAACAUGCAAAUGUUACCAAGGAAGCUCCAGCAGGCAUGCUACUUCUGAAGCCUCACAGUCCGGGAAAGGGCAGAGAGGCAGGUUUACCCUGCAAGUUAAAGAUUGUUAUGGAGCAACCAAGUAUUGAGUCACGGGAAGCAAUGUCAAGGCAGGGUACGACCGAUGUGGACGUAGAUGAGGCCAUCGCCGACGUGGACACUGACAACACCCCAAAAGUCACCAUGGAACAAUACCUUGUUGUAAAAGCAAUCAUCGAUUCCAAAGAUUCUGGAUUUGAAAAUGGGCCAUCGCGAAAUGGGAGUCCACAAAUGUCAACCCGAAGUAGUGAGGAUGAAACCGCAAAAUCUAUGGAUGCAAGAAUGAAAACCUGCCCAGCCAACUCUGGGCCAUUAAGGAGAACCAAAUCCAGCGAAAGUGAUAGUGCCGUUGACAGGUUACUGUCUAUCACCUCUCCAAAUCAAACAAAGAGCAGUAAUAUUCCAACGCCAUUGUCUUUCUCAAUUAAGCCCUUCCAAACACAGAUCAACAAAAAACAGAAUCCCAACAGAAAUGACCUUCCAAUGAGAUCAGUCCAACCAAACUCAGAAUCUUCCAAUCCUGCUGCACCUGUCUCAACAGAUGCAGAAGGUAGCUUCAGCCAAACUACAGUGGAGGGAGAUGAUACCUCUCAGGGAAGCCCCAUCAGCACUGGGGAGACUGUCUCCUGUCAAACCAGUCCCAACCUGCAUUCUCCCCUGUUGUCGCCUCUCUUUUUCCUGGAGUCAAUAAGUGAACAUCCCGACAGAACAUUAGACACAGACUGUUCUCUCCAAGUGUUCGUCAUGCCGGAUGGUGCAGAAGAAAGCCUGAGUAAGAAUGCCGGACGAUCUGACUCACUUGAGUCUGUGAUGCCGACAGGCGAUGGUCUCGCCAAGGGAACAUCACAUGAAAACAAAAGCCAGGAAAUAUCGGAUGGAGGACUCUCGAUGAUAGCUGAGAAGGAGGAGCCAUGCCAUGAGCCAACAGGUCAAGUAGCGGAAACAGAACCCCACCAGAAGCUGCUUUCUCCAAUCAUCAAGACAGAUGGCGAAAAAUUAGAGGUCGCUAGCCAACACCACUUUGAUGAGCUGCAGCAUGAUUCUAACACUACAGAGAACGUGGAAUCCAUUAAAAUACCAUCCCACACAAGUGACAAAUCUAGGAACCCUUUUAAGGAAACAAAAGACUUCUACGCCUCCCACCAUUCGGAUUACGAUUUCGAUGCAACGAUCGAAGAGGAUGAAGACGGGGAGCAAUAUUCCGAUGGAGAAAGUUUCUCCAAAGUCACUUUCUCCGAAACUCCAUCGAUGUUGACCACAUUUCCUGUCUCAUCAGGGUCGGAAAUUAAGGAAAUAAACCAAGACUUGGAGACUCAGGAUCCAUGUUUAUGUCAAGUAGAAAAUUAUAAAGAAAACAUGCAGGAAAAUGCUAUAAAAGAUGAGCCUGUAGUUGUUGCUACUGAUAAUAUUGCUCUCCAAUGUGAAAACUCAGGAGCUGGAGAGCACAAUAUUUUAGAGAAGGAACAGGACAAAGUUUUGUCUGAAGCCUUGACAAUAAUCCAUGGUAAUUGUAUUGAUGUUGUCACUCAGCACAAACAUCGAAACCUUGAAACUAUGCCCCAGGGUACUGAGAAGUCGUCUUCCGUCACAAACUCCAAGAAGAGUGAAUGUAAUGACGACAGGCGAGAUGAUUACACAAGGCAUUCACAAGGCAAUCACCAUAGCAACUCUAACGCAGGAAUAGAUGCUGCCGAAAACCAAAUCUCAUCACAUAUUGAACGACAUGUUAAGGCUUCAGACUCUGAUUGUAGUGCCUCGGGUAACGAUUUCCAAACUGCUGAUGAAGACAAAAACAUCGAUGAAGAGCACCUUUUGUCUCCGGCAGUGAAAGGAAAUACACUGGAUGAAGGGUUACAUCUGGCAGAGAGUAGUAAGAUCCAGCCAGAUUGUCCUAUAGUGGAGGAAGACACUAAUAAUUGCAUUGACUCUGCUGCAACCAAACUUCAAAAUAAUCCGAGUGUAGGAUUUCAAGCAGACAAAGCUGAGGUAGUGAGGGAGAACUUUCUUGCGUUCGUUCCUGGUGAUAAAGCUGAAAUCCCGGAUCCUCUUCCCACAGUGACGAACCAACUUGAGGAGUGGAAUCUUGGAUUUGAUCAACGAGCCAUUAUCAGAAGUAUCUCUUUAGAAGCCAACAUGAACCACCAGAAGAAAAAGCUACGGACACUCAGUGAAAGGAACACUCUUUACAGCGAUGGGAUGGAGCCUCUAUUGCCUGGGUUUGGGAGGGUCGUCACGGAGCGUAGCAACGCCUCGACUGAGGGAUUUGGAUCUUUCGGAUCAGAUGUGUUCCAUCGACCCUUAACAGUGAAGCAAACCCUUCAACAGGUUGCCUCCAAGUUGGAAUCCCUUGUGAGACAGCGUAGCCUUGUUAGUAUUCUGGAUCAGGAACCUGAAGACGAUGUCAAAGUUCGAAGGCGGAGAACGGCCAGCCUGGAGGAAUCAAACAGGGAGAUGCUGCCGACACAUUCCAGGAAAAUAUUAACAGAUUUUGAUAGUCGGGAUCGAAGGAAAAAGUCACUUUCAAGAGACAAGACAAGAUACAGUCCACUACAAGAAGAUGAGGGUUAUGAGGAAGUGAAUUCUAUCAUGUCUAUUGAUGAAAGCGUUGUUGACAGCAGUGGCGCAGAGAAAAAUGAAACAAACUUGUCCAAUAUCCCGUCAAUUAAAACAGUACAAAUAGAUAGCAAACUAACUUCAAAAAAAUCCCUUUCUCAUCCCAAUGUUUCCAGGGAAACAAAAACACCAACAGAAGAAAUUUUAACUCAAAAUAUGAAAGUACAUAUCAAAGCUCACUCCAUAGAUCAAAAUGGACCUUCCACAAUUGAAAUUCAAACCAGCAUAACAAAACCUUCACCAGCUACUGCGGACAAAUCAAAGAAAAGAAAAAACUGGCAACUUCAGACAUCGUCCGGCCGCCGGUCAUCAAAUUUUCUCACUGUUCCUUCAUUCGGCUCAUUUAAUGAAUCUGUUGAUUUGAUUUCUGACAACAGUUCCGCUGACCGCGAGAUGAGGUCAGUGUGUCAUUCGACUGGAGGGAAUGGAAUCACUCCGAUGAUAAAACAGAGACUUGAUUGUGAGAACUUGCAUGGAAAGCCCAAGAACUAUUUAGUGUCCAGUGUUUCCGAUGACUCUGUCGGUAGUAGCAUAGCUCUAAAUGUAGGGGCUGAAGAUUUGUAUGAGUCACCCGAAGACGGUUGCAAGUGCACUGUGAAUAAUUCUAAUAAUGAUGUUGAAUCUCUGACAAACUCCUGGAGUAAUACUGAUUUAGGAUGCGAGUCAGUCAGUGUUUAUGUCGUUGAAAACAGCUCGGUGCAUUUGAAGGACGCCAUAACAAAAGACCAUCCAGUGAUGAAGAGUCCACAGUCAGUGAUGUCAACGUCUUCUGAGAACAAAGAAAGGACUAUGCAAGUGUAUGAACAAAAUGCCACUCGGGAGUCGGGUAGUAAUGACCUGGUAUCUGUGCUCGUUAACAACGACCAGAAGACGAGUAACCCCCAGGAUGAAAAACCAAAAGAAGCAUCCAAUUGUGUGUUCAUAAGACUACAGCCCCUAAAUGGCAUGAAACGGUCAAUACAAGGCACUGUUGCCCAUUCACAGUUUGUGCGGUGUGAAAAAUACCUCGAUGUGGCGACAUCGUCCAACGGGAAAGUUGAUUUUAUCGAAAGUGAUGACGCCUCAACGACACAUCAGGUUCCUAUGUUCCUCUCAGAGGUUCAAUUCCUUCCAUGCUCUGAUUCAUCUAAGAGGUCGUCAUUCCAGAUCUCUGAAGACAUUCCCUCUCAGGGAAGUGUCAGUUUAGAUUGUCCGUCCCCGGUAUCUUCCUCUCGCCUGUCACCAACGUUUGAGGAGAUUUGUAACAAAGCUGGACAUCUUAUGCACCGACUGCAAAAUGCAUUAGCGACUCGUGCAUCACCGGCUGUUGAAAUGUCGUCCCCCAUAAUGGAAAAUAAAUGUGAAGAAGCAUUUGUAAUUGAAGAAGAAGACAGUGUGGAGGCAGGGGAUGAGGAGGAGGAGGGGGCAGCAGGGUUUGGAAGCAGGGGUAAGGAUGAACCACUCUACUCUCAGGAUGAGGUUGACAUGGAUACACAACGAGACGCCCCAAGAACAAAACCAGGAGCCAAGAAGAAAAAGAAGAGAUCAAUCAGAGAGAAUAGCAUCAAGACGUCAACACCAAAGGCCAACCCUGGUAGACAUUACAGCAAUGGGAGCAUGGAGAUUAAGGAGCAAGAUGGACCAUCUGGGAAUAACAACAUGGCUACUAUCAAGGAACUGCUUGCAGCAGAGACCAAGAUGAAAAGAAAGCUAAAUGAGUUGGAGUCAAGCUUUGAGGAAAUUUCCAGCAAGAAGCAGGUUGCCCUGGGUGACCUGAAGAAUCUGAGAGAGGCCGUCCACCGCAACAAGAGAGAUAUCCACAAGGCUGAGGAGAUUACCAGAGAAAGUAUGGAGAGAGCGGAUGGAUUGAGGUCAGAAUUAAUGGUGUUGGAAUACCAGCGAGACCAAGCUAGGAGGGAACUGCAGGAUUUAGAGCACUCUAUUGCUACAGUGAAUCAACCCAUAGGAUCUGGUAUACCGGAGGAAGAGACUAAUGGAGUGGAUAAUAAUAACAGUCUGAUGGGUUUCUCUCCAAAAGAGGUGAUUGCGGUGAUCAAGGAGCGAGAUGAGUUGAAGAUGCGAGUCCGUAAUGGUGAGGGAGACUUAUCACCCAUGGAGAGAUCUGAACUAGAGAGGCAGCUCAGCUCUACCAAGCAAGAGCUGUUUAACGGACAGAAGUCUUCAAGGGCUAGGAUGGACUCUCUCCAAGAGGAACUCGAAGAGAGUCGUCACAACAUUGACGAUCUUUUGAAUCAGAAAUCCAACCUGACAGAGAAGGUCAAAGAGCUACAGACUUUAUUCAUCUCAGAGCAUCAAGAUCAACGAGAGUUACAUGUUGAGGAGAGAAACAAACUCCUUGAGCAGCUCAAUGGCAAGCUACAGAAGGAGGUAGAGACCCUGAGACAGCAGCUUCUAGACAAGGAUCAGCACCUUCACCAAGUAUCAACCACCGUCACUGAGAAGGACAAGAUCAAUGAGGCCCUAGGGGAAAAGAUCUUAGGGAUGCAGAGAGAGGCGGAGGAAGAGGCCAAAGGAAUCGAGAGAUCCUUGAAGGAGAUGGAGGGAAAAGUGAGGAAUGCUGAUGUUGUUAAGGAGCUGGCAAUGGUUGAACUUAGAGAGGCCUUACUUAAGGAGAAGGACCAGGAGAUUGAAAAUCUCAAGUUAAGCAUGGAGAAGGAGGCGAGAGAAGCUUUGGCUGCUCAAGACGAGAAGACGUCAGCGUUGAUGAUGAUUACUAAACGCUCACUCACUGAAAGAGAGGAAGACCUCAGAGCAGUCAAGUCUCAACUUGUACAACAGACGGAUGAAGCUCUAAAAAUGGAACAGCAACUGAAGGAACAAACUGAAGAAAUGAUAAAAUCGGCUGUUGAGAGGGAGCGACAGGAGCGAGAUGAGGAGUACACAAGGAGACGGCGGGAGGAGAUGAGGCAGAAGGAACUGGAAGUUGCUAAGGAGACAGCUAGAUUACAAGGAGAACUCCAUGUUGGACAUCAGAGGCAUGAGCAUCUACAGACAACAGUGUCUGUACUCAAAGAGGAAUUGGAUAAGGUGAGAGAAGAAAACCUAGCAGCAGGGCGAGAAAAAGUGGAGGCGGUGUCCGAGGCAAGAGAGAAAGCCAGAGAUGAAAUCCAGAGGGAGCUAGAUCAACUCAGAGAACAGCUUGCCACGGAGAACCUACUGGAGAUGGACAAACUCCGUCAUAAACUGCGUCAACAGGAGGAAGAGGUCACCAAGCUCAGGUCAGAGGUUAAAGUUCACCAAGAGAAGGAAGCGACUAUGUCUAGUUUGACUAAGAGCAAGAGCAUUCUGUCUGAGAUUAAUGAGGAGUGUAGGAGGACUGCAGCGGUGAUUAGCACUACACCAAUCAAGUUAAACAUCUCAAGCAUCAAGGGUAACAAAACCCUCAACGGCACCCUGUCACCCAAGAGCCCUUUUGCAAGUACGCCCAAUUCAACCCAGAGCCCUGGACGCACCCAGAUUGUUGCCGCUCUGACUAAUCUGAGGAUAAGUAAUGAGGAGCUUAGGAACUACGUCCAGACUCAGAAAUCUGAACUGGAGAGGCAGAAGAGGGCACUCACUAAGGCCCAGAAAGAGAAGGAAGAUGAAGUUAAAAAAGUGGCUAAUACUAUUGGCAAGAAGUCUGAAGAUAUGGAUACAAUGAGAGAUAGGUUGAUACAGGACCACCUCGCUCAAGUAGAAGAGCUCCAACAGCAGACGUCGAGGCUGCGCACCAAUGAGGGAGCCCUUCAGGAACGUCUUCUAGACAAAGACUCCGAGCUGAGAGAGAUCCAGCAGAGCAUGACGCAAUGGAAGGAGGAGACGGCUCUCAAGAUGGCCAAGAAGUUUGAGGAAGAACUCAGCAGAGAACUUGAAAUUCGCCUUCAGGAGCAGAUCAACAAGAGAGAUGGGUCGUCCUUUCGAGGUAGUCAGACAGAUCUCAGAUCCAGACAUUCAUCAUCAGGUAACGUUAGUCCUUCCACCAACUCCUCCGCAAGUGAUGCUUCAACCAUUCGCCUUCUCAAGCAUCUCCAAGAGAGGGUCAAACAACUGAGGACAGAGAACAUGAGCCUGAGGAGGAGCAGUAGAGGACCUCUUGAGACCUCUGGAGAGGAGCGGAGUAGUCUUCACUCUAGCAGGAGCACUGAGAGCAAUGACAAAGACCAUCUGCUCUAUCAGUUACAGCAGAAAGUGAAACUCCUCGAGCGUCAGCUUCAGGUAGCUGAGGAGCGGUGCCGGGAGAACGCCAUGAAUGCCAGCGAGAAAUCAUCGGAGAAUAGCCGUCUACAGGGCGCCCUCACACAGCAAACCAAAGAGUUGAUGAAGAUGGAAAGAGCGUACUCCAAGUUGUCCACACCGCCCCCUCGUACACCAGUACGUCUGUGAACGCUGUGAGCGCUAAUGUCAAAUCAAGAUACAUAAAAAGUUGUAAAAACUCAUCGCUGGGUUGUCUUCUUCUUUGGAGCCCAUCAUCUACUCUUCAAAUAAGUAUUAUUUUUAUUUGAAGCUUUGCAUAGUGUGGAUAAAUAGGAAGAAACUUUUAAAUAAAUAGUAAA